ACUGGCUUGUUAAGAAGUGUAACUUGACUCUUGAUCAACAAGGAAUCAACCGUGAUUACUUCAUUGGAGUACUUGAUAUCGCUGGUUUCGAAAUCUUCGAUUUCAACUCCUUUGAACAGCUCUGGAUUAACUUCGUAAACGAAAAACUUCAACAAUUCUUCAAUCACCACAUGUUCGUCUUGGAACAGGAAGAAUAUGCUCGUGAAGGAAUCCAAUGGACUUUCAUCGAUUUCGGUCUCGAUCUUCAAGCUUGUAUCGAACUUAUUGAGAAGCCUCUUGGUAUCAUCUCUAUGCUCGAUGAAGAAUGUAUCGUCCCCAAGGCUAGUGACCAAACUUUGGCUCAGAAGCUUAUUGAGCAACACUUGGGCAAACACCCCAACUUCGAGAAGCCCAAACCACCAAAAGGAAAGCAGGCUGAAGCUCACUUCGCCAUGCGUCACUACGCUGGAAC